UGUACACUAUGUGGAGCAGUGUACAGAGCGGCUCCCAGGCACAGAGCUGACUCCCCUGUCUCUAUAUCUCUCCAGGCUGCUCUUACUUGGCAGGGGGAGGGGGUGCACACUGACAGACAGGGGGUUCUAAUCAAACCUAUAUUAUACAGAGAGAGAGAGUGCAUGAGUGCAGCCAGAGGUCACUGACAUAUGACAUCCAUUCCUACACUGAGUCCAAGUACUUACAUUUCAUUUGCCUUCCUUGGUGUUGUACCUGAAACAAUUACCUGUUAAGUGUGCUGAAUCCUGAUCGAGUCUGGCUCCCCCCAUCCCUCCAUUACAUCCAUCACAGAUAACAGUAAUGAAAGGCAGCACCAGAAAUAAGGAUCAAUCUAGUGAAGGAGAAGGAACUGGAAAACGACCAAAGAGAAAAUGCCUUCAGUGGCAUCCACUACUUGCUAACAAAAUUCUUGACUUUUCUGAAGAUGAAGACGAUGACGAUGAGGAGGAAGAUAUUGAAAAGGUCCAGCUUGUAGAUACUGAUGGUCUGGAACAUGAAGUCGAUGAAGCAGAAGACAAUGAUUCACCCGAGCAAAGAGCUCGUAGGCCAAUGAAUGCCUUCCUUUUAUUCUGCAAACGACACCGGUCUCUGGUGCGUCAAGAGCAUCCUCGUCUGGAUAAUCGGGGUGCUACAAAAAUAUUGGCAGACUGGUGGGCUUACCUGGACCCUAAUGAAAAGCAGAAAUAUACUGAUAUGGCAAAAGAGUACAAGGAUGCGUUUAUGAAGGCAAAUCCUGGCUAUAAAUGGUGUCCAGCAACUAAUAAACCAGUGAAGACCCCGUCACCAACUGUUACGACCAGGAAAAAGCUCUGGACCUUCCCACCGGAUGCUGUCAAAGAACUCCCCAUCCCCAAGAAAAUAUCAAAGGGAGAGGAAAUGCCCCAGCUUAAUUUUGGCAUAGCAGAUCCAACACAGAUGGGAGGUCUCAGUAUGCUGCUUUUAGCGGGUGAACAUGCGUUGACUGCUCAUGAGGAUCAUGCCGUGGACACACAUGUAGAAAGCUCAAUGACAGAGGUGUCUUCCAGUGCAAGUUUGUCAAAGGAUUCAAAUUCUUCAGAGUUGAUCAGGAAGUCUGAAUUAUUUCAGUUUGCUGAGAUUUCUUCCAGCACGUCACAAUCGGAUGUCCAGCCUUCUGCUAAGCAAUGUGAGAAGUCAGCACUGUUUCAGUUUGCCGAGAUUUCAUCAAAUACUUCACAGAUUAGCAGCCCCGAACUGUCAAAAUGUGGUGGGAAAUCAGCACUUUUCCAUUUAGCAGAGAUUUCCUCAAGUACAUCACAUUCCGAUUCACCUGCAUCAGCAAAACAGUGUGGGACAUCAGCAUUGUUUCAACUUGCAGAGAUGUGCGUAGCAUCCGAGGCUGUGAAAAUAGACAUUUCAGAGGAUGUAAUCAAUGAUCAUUUGGUUACGAUGCAGAAACCUGUAUGCUUGAAAGAGACAAAUGUGGAAGAGACAGACAAAAAUUUAAUUUCUAGCAGCAUAAAAGAUUAUGCUCAAGAUUCUGAAAAAGUUGAAUUUGAUCACGUUAAAAUAAAAAAAGAAGUCUCAUAUUCUCCAGAUCCUUCUGAUGCAGAAUUUUUCAAUUUCCUAAAACGAGAAAAAGUUAGAAAGAAGAAGAAAAAGAAUAAAUCCGAACACGAUGUUGUAGAAAAAGGAUCACCAAAAAAGACCUGUAAAAAAAGGCAGUCAUCUGAGUCAGAUAUUGAAAGUGUCAUGUAUACAAUUGAGGCCGUUGCAAAGGGAGACUGGAGCAUUGAAACACCUUCAGUUUCACCAAACAAGAAAGCCUGUUCCACUUCGAGUCCAAAUCACACAUCGUCAGACCUAAAGCCUAUAAAGAAGAAGAUAAAAUCAAAAGAAAAGAAACUGUUAAAGGAUAAAGUUGAUAAACCCUUGGAAACCACUGAAGAGCUGAUGGUACCAGAACCAGCAAAUAUUGUGCCUGCUGAGGAAACAUCUUUUGAGGUGCCUGAAUGCAUAAAAGAAGAGCUGUCGCCUAAAGAGGAGGUUCUUCAGAUCUGUUUGCCAGAAAUGCUAAAAUCUGAGGACUUUGACAAUAAUAAAAAGACAGAGGCAUGUGGUUCCAGGAAGUCAGAAAGGGCCUGCAAAGGUGCUCUUUACAAGACGUUAGUGUCUGAGGGCAUGCUAACCUCACUACGUGCAAAUGUCGACAGAGGCAAGAGAAAUUCAUUAAAGGGCAAUUCAUCAGACCACGAAGGCUGCUGGAAUGAAGACAACUGGACGUACAAUCAAACAGGAACUAGCAGUAGCAAGAAAUUAAAAAAGACUAAACCAAAGGAAGAGUCUACCAUUGGUUUAGCAAAGCUGGAAGAAGAGUUUGAAAAGAAAUUCAAUAGCCUUCCUCAGUACAGCCCUGUUACAUUUGACCGCAAAAAUUCUGCAGUCCCUAGAAAGAAGAAAAAGGCUUGCAGUGGACUAGCUGAACAACAGAAAAUCAACAAAGGUGCAUUCCAGUCACAAAAGAAGAACCUUUUCCACAAAAUUGUAAACAAAUACAAGCAUAAAAAAGACAAGCAAAGUAAUUCAGAUAAAGCCAUAUUAGAAGAAAAAAACACCACAGACAACACGUCCAGAUCUAGUAAUUUUGCUUCAGUUCCCCACAUUCCGGAACCUACAGCCAUUCAGGAACCUCUUGUUGGAAGCCAAAAAAGAAAAGCAAGAAAAAAUAAAAUUACACAUCUUGUACGGAAUGAGGAGUGUCAGACUUCUUCAGGAGAUCAGACAUUGGAAGAGAAAACAAACACGGACACUUGUCAGGAGCUUUGCAACAAAGAGGGGAACUGCAGAGCAGAAAGUUUGAUCUCUGGAAAAGCUGAAGAGAACCACAGUAUAACACAAGAGAUGCCAACUGUAUCUGCAUUCUUUAGUCUGGCUGCUCUGGCUGAAGUGGCAGCAAUGGAAAAUGUUCACAGGAGUCCAAGAACCACUCAUUCUCGAGAUGGACAGAAGAAAGAAAUGCCCCAGACUGCUGUGCUAAUUUCCUGUGCUGACCAAUGAGGCUUUGUGUUGUUACAAAACAUUUCCUUAAUAUUUAAAUAUAAGCCUUGAGCCUUGGCAAGGCAGAUAUCCAUGAAAUGGAAGAAAGAAGGGGCAGACAAGUGUUUAUUGUGUGGAAAACCCUGAUAUCACUUGAAACUUAGAGAUUGGGCUAUGUCCUUAUAAACCUGUGAGUGGCCUAGUAAAAAACAAUAAUGGAAUAACCCUCAAGCUUUGUUUUGAGGCUAAAAUGUGGAAGGAAUCAGUGAUGUAGAAGAGUAUAUUUGUACUGUCUCAUCCAAGAAUUUCUUGUAUGAAUCAGAGCGUGAAAUUAGUUUCAUAUAAUACUUAGUUAUUAAAAAAGGAAAAAGAAAAAAAAAAACACUGAUGCACUGCACUAGUUAAUAGUUAAUAUUUUCGGUCAUUUUGUACAUGAAGAUUUAAGUUCCAAAUGGUUUAUAUAAUAGUUUAUGCUUACAUUUUUAUUGAGAGUGAGUUUAAAAAAAAUUCCAGGAUGGUUUAGCAGUAAUGUCUGGUGUACCAUUGUUAGGAUUAUGUGCCUGGUCUAUUUGCCUUUUCCUCUGCAGUUCCUUAAUUCUUAUUUAGAGUGCCCCUGUAAGCGAAAAUAUAACAUUGUAUUUAUUCAUAGAAAUUAUGCAUUUUAAAAAACAGUGUCCAAUGAGCAAUCAAAUACAUUUCAUCUACCUGUA